UAGGGUUUUACCCCCAGCCGCCACCCUUUCUCGACGCCUCGUGCUUCCCCGUGCGUGAGAACUGAGAAUACGGCGGAGGGCCGGCGGCAGCGGCGGUUAGCUCGGAGGCGGCCGGCUGGCAACGGGAAGCACAGACUUUUUAUUCAGAUCUGGUAAGCGGUAACAUGACAACACUCAAAGAUGUGGCAACUCGGAAACCUGUUCUAGCAACAAUCCGUCUUAUAGUUCCUGCUGGUGCCGCCCGUCCCGCACCACCAGUUGGACCAGCCCUGGGUUUCUACAGGCUUAAUCUGAUGGCGUUCUGCAAGGAUUUUAAUGCCAGGACACAGAAGUACAAAGCAGAAACUCCAAUGCAAGUUACUCUAACUGCCUACAAGGACAGCACUUUUGAGUUUGUAGUUAAGUCACCGUCAGUUUCAUGGUUUCUUAAGAAAGCAGCAGGCAUUGAGACUGCAAGCAGUCGGCCAGGCCACAACAUGGUGUCAUCUCUCUCGCUCCGUCAUGUUUAUGAGAUCGCAAAGCUGAAGCAGGCUGACCCAUUUUGCAAGCACAUGUCACUUGAGGCCUUGUGCAAAUCCAUCAUCGGCACUGCUAACUCCAUGGGCAUCGAAAUUGUGAAGGAUCUCUGAUCUGACUGGAAGACUAGUCCCACACAUAGUUUUGUUGUUCUCAUCUACAGUUGUCUAGUUUUAUAUGACCAAGAAGAAAGUAGGGGUAAGAUUUCUGUCAGAGGAGAAACCAUGCUGCUCUAUACAUGAAAGCAUCCUGCCCCAUUUUCAUAAUCGGCCUGUAUGUGACACUUUUGUUGAAUGGAGCGAUUGAGAGAAAGUUGGUUAAUAAGUUUCCGUCUCCUUAUUCUGUACUUUUGGAACAAAGGUUUAACAAUGAACUUGUUGUCUGAAUGAAAAUAUCAGCAUCGUCGCCUUCCACAUUA